CAUGGUAUAACUUAGAUUCUUCAUAAUUGGAUAUAAAUAUUACAUGAAUAGCACAAUUUUUUAUGUGUCCUCUAUGUUUAUAUUUAGUUUAAAGACACGUUUUUUUGUGAAAAAGUUUAUAUUAGUUGCUUGCAUAUCAUUUUUAUGGCUUAUUACUCUUUCAUGUUUCUUGAAUUUUGUAUAUGUCAGGAGAUUUGGGAAUGUGAAUGGCCAUUCAAAAUUCAUUUAUUUAUUGUAACCAGAUCAGCCUCGUGAAAACCUUAUAUUCCCUGAGGAGGUUCUACCACGUGGAAAGGCUCUUUAAUAGAACUUUAGCCUUAGCUUCUCAUGACCAAGAAAGCACUGGAUUCAUGUGGCACAGUGUGCUUAUAUUUUGGUUCGGAAGCAUUGAGGAAAGGAAAAACAUUGGAGAAGUAGCUUGCUUGACUUCGAUUCUUCGAUGGAGAGUGCAACGAGUGUACCAACAACUUCGACUUGCCCUCAGCUCUAGCCAGUCUCCAGCACCUCAGAUUCCAAGGUGGCUACUUCUGGUGUUUCAUUCCAGAAGGUGGUAGAUGUUGCUAAGGAGUUUGAGAUGAUUCGACGUGAGGGAUUUGAACAUCGUGAGGGCAAGAGGACCCGUCAUUCAGGUGAUUAUGGUGGUGCUCCGCCUAGGAGUCGAGGUUACUUAGGGAGAGGUUAUCACUCUCAGUCUACUAGACCCAUUUAUACUGCUAUACCAGCGUCUGAGGUUGGUUACGCUGGGCAUAGUUCUUCGAGUUCGGUGCAUACUUAACAGGGUUCAUCUUCUAGACAUGUAGGCCGUGGAGGACAUUCUGUUCAUUCAGGUUCCUCUCACCAGCCUACGUCUUGUAGGGGUUGUUUUGAGAGUGGUGAUAUGGGACACUUUGUGAGAGAUUACCCUAGAACCAGACAUGGUGGCUUGCAUCAGGGUUCUCAGGCUUCGACUUUCAGGGCUGCACAACCUCCAACUAUAGGAGGUGUACAAAGUGGCAGAGGUGGUUCUCAUUCAGGUAGAGGUGGUUCUCCUUCUGGUCGAGGUGGUGCUCAUGGAGGUUCACAAUCUGAGGGCGGUCGUACUCACUGUUAUGCUUUUCCGGGUAGGCCAGAGACUGAGGCUUCAGAUGCUGUUAUCACAUGUAUUAUUCCAGUUUGUCAUCGACCAACUAUUGUAUUAUUUGAUCCAGGCUCUACUUAUUCUUAUGUGUCCACAUAUUUUGCUUUGAGUCUGGAUAUAUUAUGUUUGAUUUGCCGGUACAUGUUUCUACUCCUGUUGGGGAUUCUGUAGUGGUAGAUCAGGUGUAUGUAUAGUUACCUUGAUGGGAUAUGACACUUAUGCUGAUUUAAAGGACUUAGAUAUGGUAGAUUUUGAUGUGAU